UUCAAUUAAAAUAUUGUAUAAUAUAUUCAAUUAAAAUUUGAUCAGUUUAGGAAAUGGCAUUGCGUUUAUUAUUUUACAAUAUAAAUAGAGCACUUUGUCACACUAGCUCGAAACAUAUUGCCACUUCUAAUUCAGAUAUAAAAGGAGGAUUGAAUGAAAGUGCAAAGGAUUGGAAAAUAAAAUUACAUAACUCCAUGAAAGUCCUUCCAAAUUUUAUUAGCGAGGAAGAGGAAAAUAUCUUAAUGCAAGAGGUUGAUCCCUACAUGAAACGAUUGCGCUAUGAAUAUUCGCAUUGGGAUAAUGCAAUACAUGGUUAUAGAGAGACAGAAUGGAGAAAGUGGAACAAGGAUAGUUCACAAAUUCUUGACAGAGUUCGCAAGAAAGCAUUUCCACCUGAAAUGACGCAGCUCACCCUUGUACAUAUAUUAGAUUUAGCCUCUGAAGGUUGGAUAAAACCACACAUCGACAGUGUCAGGUUCUGUGGGGGCAUUAUUGCAGGAUUAAGUUUGCUGACUGACAGUGUGAUGAAGUUGAUGAUGGAAGGACGCGAAAAAGAAUGUGUUGAAUGUUUCUUACUACCAAGGAGAUCAUUAUAUAUCAUGAGCGGCGUUGCGAGAUACAAGUACAAUCACGAAAUCCUCAAGUCUGAGGAAUCGUAUUUUGAAGGACGACAUGUACCAAAAAGUAGACGUAUCUCUAUAAUAUGCAGAAGUGAACCUGAUCCUGAAGUUAGUGAAAACUCAACUAUAUAAUUAAGAAAUACGAAGGAUGUCUGUAAAUAUCUGAAAUUCAAUCAAAGCGAGAAACCUAAAAAUGAAAAAAAAAUCUUGAAUAAA